GUGACGUCACGCAACCACUAGGAAGGCCUUAGUUUAUCUAGGAGGUGUCGGCUGUGCAGGAACGGCCGCCUAGGAGCAGCGCUCUAAAAUGAUAACGAUGACGAGAUACGUUGCGGCAUCUCUAAAGUCUUAUGCCUAGUUCAGUGCAUAUUAGAAAGUGUAUAGAGCUACCAUUAUAAUCCACGUUACUCUGUGUGCAUGAAGUCAAUAACUAGGAGAGAACAUUGGCGCAACACGAUUGCAGCCAAACGAUUCGAACCAACACGUUAUCGUCAUACAGCGUAGGCCAUGACAGCCGUACAAGUACCAGCGCAUGUAUUAAGAAGUACCGGAAAGCAAACUUUCUCGGCCAAAGCGCGUAGUCGCGGAGGUCACGUGUGAGACCGAUCUUUCGAGGGUAAAAGUGUAGGGAAUCGCUUAGCGAAAGGAAUGGCUUAGCGAAGGCAAGAAGCGAAGGAAAUACCCCUUAGUGGGUAUCGGACACAUGUGCCUUUGAGCUCAUCAUUAUCAUUGUUGUCAACGCUCAGACGAAGUAGAGGAAGCCGAAGACGUUGUCAAGGAACGCUCAGCUGAUCAGGCGGUGGAGUCAGCGGGGCGGGGUGGCGAUGCGGUGCCCGCGAAGAGCCCAUGGUGCGCCCAGUGCCCAGCACGUCCUGUGAAGCCGGUUCCCAUUUCCACCGGCGGGACAUCGACGUGCAGAACUGCGGGCCGACAACUGCCAGGGCGAAGUGGUCCGGGAGGUCAUGCGGUCGAGUCGUCCUCACAUAUCGACCAGCGAAGCCCAGCAGCGACCAGUCGCCUUCCCACUCUGGUAGUCCGCGGGCGUAGGCCACACGCACUACGUGACCGGGGUGUCCUCGUCACUGGUCAGCGAGCAGUGACCGCGACAGCCAGCCCGCGCGAUGGCCCUGAAACGCAUCAAGAAGGAGCUCGAUGACAUCAGCCGUGACCCGCCGGCCAACUGCUCUGCGGGUCCCAUCGACCAUUCGGACCUGUUCAACUGGCAAGCCACCAUCAUGGGCCCGUCGGACAGCCCCUUCGAAGGGGGAGUGUUCAGGCUCAACAUUGUCUUCCCCAAGGACUACCCCUUCAAGCCGCCCAAGGUGAGCUUCAUCACCAAGAUCUACCACCCCAACAUCAGCACGCACGGCGACAUCUGCCUAGACAUCCUCAAGUCGCAAUGGUCGCCGGCCUUGUCCAUCGCCAAGGUGCUUCUGUCCAUCUGCGUCCUCAUGUGCGACCCGAACCCCGACGACCCGCUCAUGCCCCGGGUGGCGUCCGUCUACAAGAACAACCGGGGUCUGUACGAGACCACCGCCAGGGAGUGGACCAGGACUUACGCCAUGGAGUAGGGACCACUGGUCGUGACUCUAGGCGACGCCAUGCCGGCUUGUAGAGUGAUCGCCUACUGCUGCUUUUUUUAUCCUACCUGUUGUAUGCGACCCGGGGGUACAACAGACGAGGCGGGCCAUGUUGUGCGGUCGCGUCGACGAAGCGGUGACUCUGUACUCGCGGCCGGAAUCCAGCAUUAUGGCCCGCCCGAUAAAAAUAUAAAUCAGUAUUCUGACCUUACAUGAGCGUGGAGCUGUACUUAGGCGGCCAUUAAGACAACGGUCGUGUUCAACGUACACACUGAACAGCAUUGCACCAUCGUGGGUGCGGGUUUUAGAAGCGCCCUCCUUGCGUCCUUACUUUUUCCUUUUAUUUUCUCGAAAAU